CAAUCAAUUUUCAGGGCAACGAGCUUAACCCCAAAUGCGGUGUAUUUGAAAGAUCGUGGUACUUUUAGGCCCUACAUCCGGCGAUUCUACAUUAGAUAAACUUAUUUAAAUUUGCAUGUUUCUGACAGGAUAAAAUGAAACAUAUAUUAGAAAUUAGUGACAGAGAGGCAUUGAGGUAUGUAAUUUCACGAGAGCUAAAGAAUUAUGGUCUGAAAGUCCCGAAGGAUAAGAAAUCGAACGGCAGUAGCUCCUCCGUCGUGUGUAAAGUUCACACACAACAGGAAUUAUGCUCAUUUGGUUGUCCCCUCAGCUGCCUACCAUCAGUUUCCGUCGAUAAUGAAUCACCACAUACCGUCCCAAGAUACUUAGUUGAGUGCGUAGAGUUUCUGAAAUUGCAUCUGAAUUCAGAAGGGUUGUUUCGAAAGUCGGGAUCAAAAUUAAGGCAAAAGGAAUUAAAGCAAAAUAUCAUAAAUGGAGAGGUAAUCCCAGAGAAUUCACACUCUGCCGAUGUUGCAAGUCUCUUUAAGGAAUUUUUCCGUGAGCUUCCGGACCCUCUGUUCACCCUUAAGCUUCAAGAAACCUUCCUGAAAUGUGCCCAGCUUGACGAAGAGUGGAAGCAGAAGAAUGCCAUCCUCCUCCUAGUAAACAUUCUACCAGAGAGGCACUUCCACACACUGCUAUACCUUAUGAACUUCUUAAGCGAUGUGGCAGCGCACUCUGAAAACAACAAGAUGAAUGUCAGGAACCUUGCAUUAGUGCUGACCCCAAAUCUCAUCGGUCUGAACGAGAAGCAGGAAAAGAGCUCUACUCUGUCGGAGAAGAUCCUUCGGAUUUUUAUGUCCGUGAUCACUCUUCUGAUAAAGCAAGCAGAUAGGAUAGGUUACAUUUCAGAGACAAUGGCUGAGAAGGUGCAGAAUUUUGCCAAUAAAUCCUGGAGUACCGUUGAUGGUGGAUUGACAUCUGAGGAUGAUCUGGAUUGUAGUGGAGAGGCCAUCCUUGAUGAGAAAAUAAUUAAAAAGAAACGGAGAAGGAGUGGGUCAUUACAAGAUGCUGUUAGCAGUCUUGGAUCAUUCUUUACAUCUCCAUUUGUCACUAGUGCAAUAGUUCAAACCCCUAUACGUAACCAAGGAGUCAACGAGACACCAAAGAUAAUGCGGUCAAAACGGAAGGCCAGUGAAGAUAGUGGUGCUUUUACAUCAGCCAAGAGGAAAGCGUUAUUAAAGCAACUUCCAGCUGAUCAGAGGUUUAGUAAACGUAGAGCACGUAACCAUGACAACAUUCAGACCACACCCAGUACCUACCAAGGCCCAGCCCUAGGUGAAGUUGAUUUAACUCACGAUGGCCAGACCGUGUUCAAAUUCAGUUCACCAUCUCUGAAAUUUGCAGACGAAAGCUUCUGCGGUUUCAACGCUACUCCUGUGAAAAGUGAGAAGUUUCUAGAUUUGUCAACGCCAAAAACAACACCGGGUAAAGGACGCUUGAAAAAACUUAACCCAUUGAACUCCAAGAGAUUCAAAAGGCGGUCAUUUGGUCCACUAACACACACUCUAGGAGGGGGAACCCCCUCUGGUUCAUCAGAGAAAGGCGUGACCUCAUCGAUCUCCUCAAUCAGGAAGAAACUCGGACAGCGAUCAAUAAAACCUCAGGGCACACCAAUUCCCCCUGGAUUAGCACCCGGUGAACAGUCUAUUGGGUGGAGACUCGCAAACAGACCACCAAAAAAAGGUCUUGAUACUCUCAAAGUUGUUGAGGAUGCUCUAGUGGGUCGAAAGAAACGUGCUCACAAGAAAUCUUUGAGUUCUCCAGCAAAAGUACUUACCAGAAAUAUGUAUACAAAAAGCUCAUUUGGUUCCGGUCCCGCCGUUACUCUGCAGGAUUUGCAUUAUGGAAAUGUUGCCACACCGCAGAAGGACAAUACAAAAUCGCCGAAAGUAAUGCUUGUCGAUGUUCAAAUGUCUUGGAAGGGACCUGUUCAUGAUUUGAACCAAGAAACAGUUGCAAAUAACAAUAAUAACCAGGUUGAUCAGGUACCACUUGGUCUUCCUACUGCUGUCGUUCAUGUUGCCAAGAGGCAGGAUUCUACUCUAAAACGACAAGGACCAGUCACGCCAAAUACGGCAAACAAAUACAGGUAUGCCAAUAGAGCAAAACCUGUACACAAUAGUUACUUAGCCUCACCAGAGCCUUCGCCGGAACUCGCUUCUACACACACAGACCCAGUACCAGCAAGUUUGCCGUAUUCAACCAGUCAUCAGUCGCUGUCCAGUGUGUUAUCAAACAUUAGUGUAACAAGCACCAAAUCUGUUUUCAGUGUUGAAUGUAAUUAUAGUCAAGAAGUCAGUGAGGGUCAAAGUUUGCAAAGUGUAAUCCCUCCGCAGAGGAUGUACCCAAACCAUUCUGUCACUCAGGCAAGUGUACCUGCUUCUGUUGAGUACAGCAGCAGCCAGAACUACACAAACAAUCUGGCAUACUCCAAUGCCCAGUCAUAUACCAAUGCCCAGGCAUACACCAAUGCCCAGCCAUACACCAACACUCAGGCAUACACCAACGCCCAGCCAUACACCAAUGCCCAGCCAUACACCAAUGCCCAGGCAUACUCCAACCCUCAGGCCUACACAAACACACAGGCCUAUGCCAACAAUCCAGCCUACACCAACGCCUACAGUACCACCCAGAUCUGCAGCACCGCUCAGGCCUAUGCCACCACCCAGGCCUAUACCACCACCCAGGCCUAUGCUACCACCCAUGCCUAUGCCACCACUCAGGCCUAUACCAUGACCCAAGCUCUCCCAUACAACAGUGAUUGCAAGGAAAAACAGCUUGGUGAUGGCACAGCUAGUAAAACCUCAAGUCUUGAUAGUCUAGAUACUGUGGGCAGUGAAGAGGAGUUGAAAGCACAUCAGAAGCUUAAGAAAUCCACUUCUGUUGAUAGUGGUCGAGGAGCAUCAUUGUAUGAUAGUGAGGGAAUGUACAAGAUUGAGGACAUUGCACUAUUGAUGAAAAAUCUUGAACAUACAAAUAAUCAUAUAAAAGCAGAGGAAAUAAGUAAUAGUCCAGUAAAUUAUGCACCUUCUUAUGCACCAAAAGUGAACUCUGUGAAAAAGUCAGAGACUCUAAAUAGGCAACCUCAAUCGCGUCAGGUGCCGAAGCCUAUUCAAGCAGUAGAACAUAAUAAAAAAAAGGAUGCUACUGCUAAACAACUUGGCUCUAAUGCAUUUUACAGUUCUCUUCCCAGAGGAUUGUCUUCAUCAACAAUGGCAGGCCACUAUAACAGAUCCCAAUGGCAGUACAGCUCCUGUACUCUUCCUACGAGACGUGUUACACGCUCGCAAACAUGCCCAGAAGCUGUUGGCUCCCUAGAUGUACGCAGGCUUAGUAAUAGCGUUGUAGAAGCCAAUGUCGAGCUCAGUGCUUCGGAAGAAAAUAGUCCAUUGAAAAUGCUGAAUAGAACUCCGCUCAGAUUCUCAUCCAGAGGGCGUCGUCCAUCAUUGCCAUCACAGCCUUCGGAAGCAGCUGUAGCUUCUAAGAAAGCAGGCAGAUCUUUAAGAAAGAGUUUCUCUUCCGGUUCGGGUGUGCGGUCACCAAAGUUUCCAUUGACUUCUCUUGUCAAAUCUAUUAGCUCAGAAAGUGGAUUAUCAAGAGUUGAUACAGAAGAACCAUUUGAGGAUGAGGAUUAUGAAGAUGAAUCUGAUGAUGAUGAGGGUGAUGACAUCUUCAGGUCACGGAUUCCAAAAAAUCACUUCAGGCCACGACCACGUUUUAAUCAAAAUCAAGAAUCCACGUCUCGAUUCCAAACAUUGACACCAUGUCAGGAAGCUGAAGAUGAAGAACUGAUACGAAAGCAUCAUCGACCAACUCCACUGGUUGAAAACUGCAAUGAUAAUAUAAUUGAACAAGUACCUGUUAUAAACCAAUCAUCUCUAACACCACUACACCUUGCUAAGUGCACAAAGGUACGCGUCCCAGGCAAGAAGACUGUCACACAUAAGUACAAUACUCCGACAAAGUCCAAACGUUUCGGCUUUCUAAGCUCAAGCAAAACAAAGGACGAGGGGAAGAUUACACCCAAAAAUACCAAGUCUCCAAAGAAAUAUCCUCGAUCCCCAGUUAACCCUCUAAACCAUCCCUCAGUAGAUCUGAGUAGUGCCUUUUUUACUCAAGAUUUUUAACAAAGUGAUAGUGAGCAUAAGUAAUCCUAUACCUUUCCAGUAAAAUAAUAUUCAUAAGUACUCCUCGGGUAAAAUUGAGAGUGGUCGUGUUGGAUGUGCGUUGCCCGUUCUUAAAUCUUGAUGUAUAAAAGAAUACAACAUGCUGUAUGAGUAUUACUGUAAAUAGCUAAAAAAUAUUGAUUAUUAAUUUGAGGAAAGUGAAACAUUAUUAAGAUGUCAAUUGUUGUAGAUAUUACAUAUGCAGAUGGUUCUCUUAUUUAAGUAUUUGUAGAUAAGCAAAAGAGUGAAUCAAAGUAAAUGUAUAUCAUAUGAAUUUCCGGUCCAUUUUGUUAAUAAGGUGCUGAAUCCUGCAAAGACUUCAGCUCAAUGGAUAACUAUUAGCUAUUAAGUGAGAAAAAAAAAAGAGAAAUCGCAUCAGCCCUCAAAAUUUUAUAUACCAAUUUCUAUUUGUUGUUCUCUGUUAUUUUCUGUAUGUAACCUGUGUAUUUUAUAUUUUAAUUUUUGUUCCUUUCAAUUUUUGAUAAUUUGAUAGAUUUUUUUUUAAUUCGAG